AUUUUUGUAAGGACCAAGCCAACCAUCUACAGGCCUUGAAAGGCAUCAUUUCCAAGUAUGAAGCAGAGAAGGAAAGGCUCUGCACACGAUAUGAACAACUGAGAAAGAAAGAAAGGACUCUGAUAUCUGAGCAUGAGAAAGCUUGUACUGAUAAAAUUGCUAAACUGGAAGAGUCCUUGAAAAAGAAGAAGCAGAACUUUAGCGUUCUGAGAAAGACUCUUGGCUCGUUUCUGGAGAGUACCUCAGACAAGGACAUCCCGGUUGAUGAUUGA